AUGGGAAUUUUUAAGGUGUUAGAGGAGCCUUUACCUCCUGAAUGGGAAGUCGCCAUGUCCCGUUCCAAGCACAUGCCGUACUAUUACAACGUACAAACGAAGAAAGUGUAUUGGGUUGAUGACGAGCUUCCACGUGGUUGGUCACAUCAGUUCGAUCGAGAUGGGCGACGUUUUUACUUUCAUGUUCGGGACAAGAAUGGCACCAUCUCAUAUGACAAACCCAGUUUAGCACCAUCAGUGCCGUUAAUGAAUGCACUUGAUUCUUCAGAGCCACUUCCGAUUCCGGUGUCGUCCUACGAUGACUCGGAGUUGCCCCAAGUUCCAACGACGGACUCACUUGAUGGCCACGCACGAGCUGAUUCAGGCGAACCACCACAACUUGUAAGGAAGAAAUCCAAUUCUCUUAUGGACUUGCUGAGUCCAGGACCUCCUGCUCUUGGACCAGAGGAACUACUACAAGAUAACGAGUCUCCAAGAGCGCCACCGGUGCAAAUGAUGACGACGAUGAACAUUACCAAUUUGGUGUCAGAUCCUGAGAAAUUGCUGGAAACGGGGGACAAGGUCAGUAGCUCUAAGAGGUCGUAUGAUGUCAUGUCCAGAGACUACGAUGAGGAAAACCGAGAGAAAGACCCGGAUGCUGCGGCGGCAUUUUACAAUCAGUUACAACGAAGUGCUCAGAGUGACAGAGCAGACAGUUUACUCUUUCAUAUGCGUGCACUGAACAACUGGGUAAAGUCUAUCUUGAUUAACGAAUACUCUGGACGUGAGGGAGAUCGGGUGCUGGACUUGGCGUGUGGCAAAGGUGGAGAUCUUAUGAAGUGGACCAAGCGCAAUCUUGCCGCGUACGUGGGUGUGGAUAUCGCGCAGAAGUCGUUGGAGGACGCAGUAGAGCGGUACACUUCCUUCUCGCGCGGUGGAAGAGGAGGCGGUGAUCGGGAUAGGAAAAAGACCGAGGUGAAAUUUAUUCAAGGCGAUCUAGGUGUGGUGGACUUGCUGCGCGAUACGAUGCACUGCUGGAGCGAGCAUGAGGGAUGGCACGACGCGGUACCGCUUGAAAGCUCCGCGGUAGGCAACUUCAAUAUCGUGUCGGUACAAUUUUCAUUCCACUACAUGUUUGGUGACGCAGAGCGCGCAAACCGUUUCUUCUCUACCGUUCACGAGCUACUUACUGAUGGUGGUGUGCUGAUCGCAACGACGGUCGAUCCGAACAAACUGUUAAUGAAGUAUUACCAGGGUUUGCGGCCACCGGAGAAGGAAAAGGAAGAUCGAGCGGUGAACAAGCCUGAUGUGAGCAUUGUGGACGAAAAGAAGCGCGAGGUAUGCUGCAUACGUUUUGACGCAGCUACACGCGCUCAGUUAUCAGGGCCAGGCGCAGCAUCCAAAGGAUCUUUUGGUCUGCGCUACAACUUUACGUUGCGUGAUCGCGUGGAGGAUGACGGGGACAGCGGUGGUAGCCAAGCCGUAGAUCUUCCUGAAUAUCUAGUGCCGGACGAUUUGGUUGCCGAGCUACUACGUGAGCACGGCUUCGAGCUCCUUUUAAAGCAGAACUUCCACCACUUUAUUCAGCAGCGCAAGGACCAGGACCGCAAUCAUUCGCUGCUGGAAAAGAUGCACGUGACCAAUAUUCGCGGCUCCAUAUCGGAUGCUGAGUGGGAAAUCGCUGGACUUUAUCAGGUACUCGCUUUUAAGAAGUCCUAUUGA